AUGCGUCUCUCAACCUCAGCCUUACUACUUGCGUCUCUUGCAACAGCACAAGAUUUAACCUACCGCGACUCCUCCAAACGAGGCCUCGUCUUCGUUCCCUCAAAAAAGGGUCAUGUCGCCGAUAACCAGAUCUGGGUCGAGGCCGGUUCAGACCUGUCAUGGUAUUACAACUACGAGCCCACGCCAUCCGCAACCUACUCGAACCGAACGCAAGAAGAAUUCGAAUUCGUCCCCAUGCUCUGGUCUGCAGCAACCACCAAUUUCGCCGAUACCGUCAGGAACCUGAUUUCUGGCGGACGAAACAUCACACAUGUCAUGGGAUUCAAUGAACCGGAUGGAGAAUCUUCGACUGGAGGAAGUGGAAUGAGUCCAGAUUCUGCGGCUGCGAGUUGGAUCUCGCAAAUUGAGCCGUUGAGGAAAUUGGGCAUCAAAGCGGGCGCACCGGCUGUUACUGGGAGUCAGCGAGGUCUGGAGUGGUUGGUGAAUUUCUUCAGUGCUUGUCAGGAUGCCGGAACCAACUGUACUGCCGAUUUCUUCCCUACACAUUGGUACGGUGAUUUCGGAGGUCUCGCAAGUCAUAUGGGCCAGAUAUCUGCAGCAUACCCAAAUAAAACCAUGUGGAUCACUGAAUACGCAAUGUCCAACGCCGACCUCGAGCCCACCCAAGAAUUCUUUAAUAUGUCCGCUGACUACUUUGACCGUCUCGAUUCUGUCGAGCGAUACUCGUAUUUCGGUUCUUUCCGCUCAGACGUCUCGAAUGUCGGUCCUAACGCGGCGAUGUUAGAUAAUAAGGGACGAUUGACAGAUAUUGGAUCUUGGUACUUGGGACAGGCUGCUACGGGCAAUGUCCCCAAGGGCGCGGCUUCUAGGUUGACUGGUUCGGGUGGUGCGGUCAUGGCUGCGUUGGUGGUUGCUGGGUUCUUGAUGAUUUGA